AUGUCUUUAGCUUCACAGCUUCCAGUAAGCAAAGCUGCUGUAGAUCUAAGCAGACAAAUUCUUUCAUCAUUUCGAUCACCAAACCCUGAUUUGAAAACUCUUACCAAAUCUCUUGAUGAUUUUAUGAAUGACUCUGGAAAUCACAUCAAUUAUGUUUUAGAAAGUGACAUCAUAAAGAAUUUUGUGAUCUCUAUAGAUCAUUUAGACUUCGAAUUAAAUGACUUGUCUACAAUACUCUACUGGUCCACAAUUUCCAGAUUCCAAAUCCCAGAAAUCAAACUAAAAAAUUUUGAACUAAAAUUUUUGCUUAAGUACAAAACAAUAUUUAAAGACAAUCUGAUAAAGCUUCUUUACUCAUAUGCAACACUUUAUAGACAUAACCCUUUUAUCAUAAAGCUAAUUGAAGUAAAAGAUAAAUCAGAUUGGACAUGCAGUGAUUUCAUCACGACUGCUUAUUCUUUAUGUGUCCUUAGACAAUAUAAUCCUAAGCUUUGAAUAGACUUUUCUCCAGAUCUUUCUGCACUUACAGUUGGUCUUUCACAGGAAGUAAGACAUGUCAGAUAUGCAAUAAAUACAGAAGCCCCUGAGCUAUUAGAUCUCAAACUGAGAAGUGGUAAAAUUUUAGGAGAUGCGCUUAAUGAUGCAAUGAUUCCUUCUUCGUCAAAGCCAGAAAGUGACGUUUCUUUAGUUCCUGCACAUUUAAAUGAUAAAAUAAGGCUAGGGAGAAUGCAUACAGAAGUGAAAUAUUUACUAGCAAAAAUGAUGAAAUUCAAUGAAAAUUAUAAUAUAGAAGAUGCUUAUAUUGUGGAUUUUUUAAAGAAAGGGACAAAAACUGCUAUUGAUAUUGAUGGACCAUUGCAUUAUUUUUUUCCUGAUAAAGGAGAAAAAACUCAAAAAUACAAACUCAUCGGCCAGAUUUUAAUGAAAUAUAGGCUGUUAAAUCAGAAUGGAUGGGAGGUAGUUACGCUUCCGCAUUUUGAGUAUCACAGGUAUAGAGAUGGGGCUGAAAAAUCAAUGUAUAUUCAGAAAAAACUUGAAGAGGCAAACGUUAGUUUAGAUUAA